CAAGUUCGGGGAACUACUCCGAUAUUUCGCAACUAAAUUAAAUAAGCAUGAAAAGCAUAAAUUAAUUAGCACUGAUGGCACAUACAGACUCAGAUGAACAACAUCACAGUGCCGAAAAUCGACUACAACUACAGCAGCAAAAACAAGAACAAGAACAUCAAAAUGAUGAUCAAACUUCACAUACUGGAAAAGACGAAUUAGACCCCGAAGAACCUGAUCUUUCGGACCAGGAAAGACAAGUGGGAGUUCCACAACAUUAUGAGCCACCUUAUUCGAUACUCACCGACAAUGAAAAGUACUUUAUGGUCUUUUUGGUAAGUAUAAGUGGGAUUUGGUCGACUUUAUCAUCAUCUAUUUAUUUUCCUGCAUUACCUAUUUUAUCGCAACAAUUCGAUGUUUCACCAUCAAUAACAAAUUUAUCGGUGGUUGCAUACUUACUUUUCCAAGGUAUAGCUCCAUCAUUUAUAGCUCCAUUGGCUGAUACGUUUGGUAGAAGGCCUAUGAUAAUUGCAUGUACAUUUAGUUAUUGUGGGGUUUGUGUUGGUAUAUCUAGAGUUAGAGUAUAUUGGGGAUUAGCUGUAUUAAGAUGUGUCCAAGCUGCAGUUAUUGCUCCUGUAAUUGCCGUAUCUUCAGGAAUUGUAUCUGAUUUAAUCUUAAGAAGUGAUAGAGGAAGGUUUUUAGGGAUGAUAACUGGAUUCCAAUUAUUGGGACAAGGAUUUGGAGCAUUAGUGGGAGCAGCUUUAGUAACCGGGUUUGGAUGGAGAGGAAUAUUUGUGGCUUUAGCUAUUGGAAGUGGAUUUGCUGGAAUUUGUAAUUUACUUUUGAUUCCAGAGACUAAUAGAGGACUUGUCGGUAAUCAAUCUAUCCCUCCUACAAGAAUUAUUAAUACUACACCUAUAUUAUCAUUACCUCGAUAUAGGGCUAGACUAACUAAUGAUUUAUCAUCCAAGAGAGAUCCAACUCCAAUAGACUUAUUGGAAUCAUAUAGAAUCUUUUUCAGUCAACAAGUAUUCUUUACCUUAUUACCAGCCGGUUUACAAUUUUCCAGUUGGACAAUGUCUUUAACCACAUUAUCAACAUCACUUGAAGCCAAUUAUGGAUUUUCUGUAAUUCAUAUUGGACUUUGUUAUUUAGCUCCUGGAUUAGGAACUUUACUUGGAUCGGUAGCCAGUGGAAGAGUAUUAGAUUAUAUUUAUAGACGAAAGAAAGCAAAGUAUGAUGAAGUAAAUAAAGAUAUUCCUAAGGAAGAUAGACCACCAUUUGAUAUAUUUACUACAAGAGUUCAAUUCACAGUUUAUCCCACCAUAUUAGCCAUAAUAUUCUUUCUUAUAUUUGGAUGGACUAUUCAAAAGAAAGUUAACCUUUCCAUUGUAUUAAUAUCAGCAUUUAUAAACUCUUGUUGUGUUGUAUCAUACUUAACAGCUAUGACUACAUUAUUAGUUGAUUUAUUUCCAUCUAAUGGUUCGGCAGCUACUGGAGCUUUAAAUCUUCAACGAUGUUUAUUAGCUGCGGCUGGUGUAGGAGUCUUACAAUCUAUGGUUAAUAGAAUAGGAGAAGGUGGUACUUAUACCAUAAUGGCAGGCCUCUGUUUUAUUUCCUAUUUAGGAUUACUUUAUAUGAUCAAGUAUCAAUUCAGUAAUGCUGUUAAUAAGACAAAUUAAAAAUAUCAGUUACUAAAAGAAUAAUCUGUAGAAUUGUUUGUACAUUUAUAAAUAUACAUUAAAGAAACGAAGAGAUCAAAAGCAGGAAAAUUAAUUAAUAAAUUAGUCUAGAUAGUUCAGACUAUAACUGCCUUGUCAAGAAUCUAUAUCCCCAAUACCAAACACUUAAAUAGCUUAAUAUUUAUUAA